UAAGGCACCUACUACUUAAUUAUGGGAGAAGAUUAGAGUUGGAUGUAUCGUCGUCGAAAUGAAAUGGGGUAUUGGAAUAAUGAAUUUAAUGCUGGGGUAGAGGUUUUCUUAGAUUUUGCAUUCUCACAAACAGACUUGAUGUUUUGUGCAAAGAAUAUGAUUUGGUGUCCGUGUAAUAAGUGUUGGAAUAGAGAAUGGCAUCAUCGACGCAAAGUGCAAUCUCAUCUUAUUAAGAACGGCUUCAUGGAUGGGUAUUUUAUUUGGAAAAGACACGGAGAAAUUAUUCAUAGAAAACGGGAUUACACCCAAGUGGGUGUGGGUGAAUCAUCAAGUGCCGCCGCCACUGCUGCUUCUGCUAUGAAUAAUGUUCCAAGUGUCUAUCAACUCAGAGACAUGCUUCAUGAUGCCAUGGGACCAAACUUUUUUAAUAGUGAAAACAGUGCCAUAAUGGUAAAAGAUGCAACACAAUUUCAUGCUAGCUUUGAUGAUCCAUAUGGUGUUAGUACAGAAUCGAUAUUUGAGGAGCCAAGAGGAGAUGCAAAAGAGUUCUUUGAUCUUUUGCGAGCAGUUGAUACACCUCUUUUUGAAAGGUGUGAUGAUGGUGUCACUGUCUUAAAGUGGGUGUGUGAGCUCAUGAGUGCAAAAACACUUUUUAACAUGAGUGUUACUAAUUGGGACUAUGUGUUACAAUGUAGUCUAAUGGCCUUCAAAAAAGUUGAUAGGGAGAAAUUGCCAAUAGAUUAUUAUGGUGCCAAGAAGAUGUUGAGGUGUCUGGGUCUCGGGUAUAAAAAGUAUGAUGUUUGUGUGAACAAUUGCAUUUUGUAUUAUGGAGAAUAUGAAAGUCAAUGUUAUUUAUAGUGCCUGGUAUGUGAAGAGCCACGAUUUAAGCAGCGUGAUGUGCAUUCUGCUAAGCCUAUACCAAGAAAGUCUUUGUGGUAUCUUCCAAUUAUUCCUAGACUUCAGAGAUUGUAUAUGUCUAGGAAAACUAUUGAGCAUAUGACCUGGCAUUUAAAUUGUUAUAAUGAAAAUGAGAAAAUUUU